AUUAUAAGUUAAUUGUAAUUAAAAGUGAAUUAAAUAUUAAAAUCUAGUUUGAAAUGAGUUUUAUUGAAGUGUCAGAAAUCGAGUUCACGUCUAAGAAGUCAUGCUUUAUAUCAAUCCCGAAGAAGUGGAUCAACAAAACCAAUGAUAAAAUAUCCAUUUUUCGCAUCAAAUCGUUGAGAGAAGAGGAGAGCGAAGAAGUGGUGAUGUCUUGGAGUGGAGACACGACUCAAUCGGAUAACACUAUUCAAGUGAAUGGUCUGUUUGCCAACAAAUUGGGUUUUAGUCAUAAACAGCAGGUUUUGGUCACUUAUGUCCCGAACCCGUCCGCCAAUGGCAUCACUAAUGCAUUCAAAUGCUAUCUGAAGCCCAUCUCUGACAACGAUUGGCAGAUACUGUCCAUGAAUUCGGCGUUCAUUGAGACUAAUCUCUUGAAUCAGAUCCGUGUCCUCGCGUUGGGACAGAUAUUUCCCGUUUGGAUCACAAAUCAGUCAAAUGUGUGUUUAUUUGUUGAAUGCUUUCAUUUGACGCCAAUUCAAUCAAAGGCUGUUAUUCUCAAUAAUCUGACGGAAGUAAUCGUUUGUCCGCCGAAGACUGUCCGCAAUACCAUCGAUGGCAGCGAUGAUAAUGAUUUACAGCCCACCGAUAGGUUGUCCACUGAUUCUCAAAGCAUUGCAUCAAAUGAUUUAAACUACAAUUCAAGCCAAUCGAUGGUGUCGUCGAUGUUUGGAUUCGUUAAAUCAUUUAUCACUAAUACUCCGCCCGAAGAGUCAAAACAAAUGCCAAGCAUUAACUCCAACGAGUGUUUAAAGUCUUCCGAUUGCAUCGAAAUUGAAACGGGGAUUGAUUUCAAUGAAGUGCUUAGAGUUUUGCCCUUUUUUGAUGAUAAAGAUGAAGACAAGGAUGCGAUCAACACUGUCUUCGUGUCCAAUCAAGUGUUCAAUAACUGCGAAAACAAUUAUUUUAUUUCAAAAUUGAUUCAUAUUUUGUCGCCAAAUGAAAGAAAGAGAGAACACCAGAAGAAUGAGAGACAAAGCGACACAAACAGUGCAUCAAAGGAUGCUUUGAGUGUUUCCCAACACAUCUCACAAAUGGAUUUUAAGGAAACAAGUAAAGUUUUGAAUGAUUUACUUAAAAACGAUUUGAUUCGUCUCAUCGAUAAGACGUCGUCCAAAAUGUUAUGUCUAAUCAACGGUUCACUCAUUCAUUUGUGCGAAACUGACUUUUUUACAUACCAUAAGAACGGCACAUCUGCUUAUGUUAUUACCUUAAUGUCUGUCAAACAGUUAUCGAUUACUAUCUGCGAACCUGUUAUGGCUCUUCAGAAACCAUUUUGCAAACGAAUCGAAACAAUACAAAAGAGUUGGAAUCAAUGUAUGGCUGAAUGUCUUCACAGACAGCCAUCAGUGCUUGUAUUCGAAGACUUGGAUGCGAUCGCUUCGAUGCCCUCAAAGCCCGGACAGGAGACGAGUGCCGAAGCGUUACAUUCCGAACGAAUCGGACUCUUGUUUAUGGAUUUAAUUGAGAAAAUAAAUCGCAAUGAGAUAUCAUAUGGCAAUAGAGUGGCCGUAAUCGCCACCUCUAAGACUAAUAAAACACUUCAAACAGUUUUAGUGCAAUCGCGAGGCAAACACCUA